AUGGGCUCUCAUGCAUCUAAAUUGGACUGGAAAUUCGCUCAGCGCCAUGUCUUACGCCUUGCCGUAGCCACGGCGGCCCUCCUUUCGUUGGCAUUCCUCUACGUCAAUUCUAAUGUGGAAUCAUCAAUAAUGGUUGACGCCAUCCGAGUAAAUAAUAAAACGCAGUCCUGCAUAGACUUCGACCCUGCAAUCGUAUCCGAGAAGCUGCAUUCAACCAUAGGGCUGAAGGAACACACGUACAAUAACGCUGAGAUUUCGGACUUUGUGUGCAGUAUCAUUAAGCAUAAUAUGAGUCUGACUGCCAAGCUUGACUGCGCCGUGUCCGUUGACUCCCGAUAUGAACAUCUGCGGCCCUCGCCAUCCGGGCCCGCCCGGAUUCAAUACUACUUUGCAUUGGAUCUCUACCAAGCUGCCCACAUCAUUCUUCCGCUCAUGGGCGCUAUAAUGGAGGCAAUACGCUAUCUGGGACCCGAGUACUGUGCGUUAUCGAUCGUGGAGGGCCGAUCGACGGACGGUACAUACGCUAUCCUGGCUGGAUUAAAGUCUGAGCUCGCUGCCAUGGGCGUGCCCUACUUCCUCACCCGAAGCUACCUGGACCCCAAAGCGGGAGGGGAAAAUCGCAUCACGGCAUUAUCGCACCUCCGCAACCUCGCCCUCGAACCGUUACUAGAAGAGAGCAGGACUAAACAUAGCCGGCUUGCCUCCAAGCCUACCAUUAUCUUCGUGAAUGACAUCGUGCUCUGUCCCGAAGAUAUUCUUGAACUAGUACAUCAGCAUGCCCUGCAGUCCGCAUCCAUGACCUGCGCUUUUGACUGGAACACUCACGGACGCAAAUUCUACGACUCCUGGGUGUCACGCUCGAUGUCGGGCAAUCUGUUCUUCGAAGUGACUCACGAUGCCAAGCAUUGGCUGCACGACGACAUGUUCUUCGACCAUCCCGACAGUGCAGCUCGAUGGGAUCAAUCCCUCCCGAUACAGGUUUAUUCCUGCUGGGGCGGAAUGGUCACGCUCGACGCGGAUCCGUUUCUGCAGCGAAGCAUUGCAUUCCGCAGCUCAGAAAAGGACGAAUGCUACAUGGGUGAGCCAAUGACACUCGCCAAAGAUCUCUGGAAGCUGGAUCGGGCCAAGAUCCUCGCCGUGCCUUCCGUGAAUGUUGCAUACGAAUACAACGAAGCACAGGAGGCGAAGGAAAUGCGCGGAUACGUCCACAAGACUGUCAACCACACGCAAUACAACACAGAAGCGGAGCUGGUGAAAUGGCAGAGCACCCCUCCACCCAUGGUGAAAUGCAUGCCGGUGUUCGAACGACAAUGGUGGACGUCGCCAAUUUAA